AUGAAAUUUUCUCAAGCUACUCUCUUAGCAAUCCUUGCUACUUCAGCAUUUGUUUCUGCUGCUCCAACUGAAACUGUCAACUUCGAAUCCACUGACAUCAUUGUUACCAGACAAGAUGCCAACGAAAUCUUAGACAUCAUCGCUGAAAUUAAAAGCAUUCACGCCAAGAGAGAUUUUGCAGAAGGUGAGGAAUACCAUGAAUUAAGUAGAAGAGCAGACUCUUUGAUUGGUAAUUUGAUUACUGCCUUUGCUAACUCUGGUAUUCUUGGUACGAUUUGGAAUACCUUGACUACCGAUGAAACUCUUAAGUCUGAAAUCUCAGGUUUAAUCAAGUCUGCCGUUCAGGCUGCCAUUGUUCAAGGUCCAGCUUUGAUCAAGGCUGUUUGGAACUCUGGUUUAAUUGGAAACAUCUUCAACGAAUUCCUUAACGACACUGAUUUACAAUCUGCUUUAUUGGCUGUCGGUAAGUCUUUAUUCCUGUCAGCUGCAAACUUAUUAUUAAACUACGGUGGUAGUUCUACUACUACUGCAGCUGCAGCUGCAAAGAGAGAUGCUCUCCCAACCCAAGCAGUAGUUAAGAGAGAAUCAUAUGAAGCCGAUGUCAUGUUGUCCGAGAGAGAUAUCUUGGAUAAGAGAGAUCUUUCUUCCUUGAUCACUACUAUUGUCACAGAAAUCUCCAACUCCGGAAUUAUAACUACUUUGAUUAACAAGGUAUUAGCUAACCCAGAACAGUCCAUUUCUUUAUUGACAUCUGCCUUGAAGCAAGGUCUUGUUCUUGCCGAAGAUCUUUACUCUUGGGCUAAGUCUUCCGGUGUCUUAGACUCUGCUCUUACCUACAUUCAAAACAAUGGUGGUGCUAUUGUUUCUGCAUUAGGUAAGUUCUUAGCUGCUGCUUUAGGUUCUGGUACUAUCACUGCUGAUCAAAUUAAUAGUGCUGGAGGUACUACCACUGCAACCACUGCCGCUGCUGCUGCUACUACUUUGACCAAGAGAAUGCUCUAUUAG